AUGUUUCGCGCGCAGCAGAACCACUUUGAUGAGGCCGUCGCCAAGGCGACGGACGAGAAUUUGACCUCCGAGAACUGGGAAUAUAUUCUGGAUGUCUGUGACAAAGUUGGUGCAGAGGAAUCAGGUGCGAAAGAGGCCGUGGCUGCGAUGAUCAAAAGACUGGCUCACCGGAAUGCCAACGUCCAGCUCUAUACAUUGGAGCUUGCAAAUGCGUUGUCGCAAAACUGCGGGCUGAAGAUUCAUCGCGAGUUGGCUUCGAGGAGCUUCACUGAUGCGCUACUCCGCUUGGCGAACGAUCGUAAUACGCAUCAACAAGUCAAGUCUAAGAUUCUAGAGCGCAUGGAAGAAUGGACUGAGAUGUUCUCAUCCAACCCGGAUUUUGGCAUCAUGGAACAGGCAUACAUGAAAUUAAAAACCACAAACCCGAAUCUGCAGCCACCGUCGAAACCUGGAAAGCGUGAGAUCACCGACGUCGAUCGUCAGAUGGAGGAGGAGGAAUUGCAGAUGGCUUUGGCCCUCUCGAUUAAGGAUAAAGCAACACCGGCGGCUGCUUCUGCGGCAGCACCUCGAGCUGAGGCUCCUUCUGCUGCUGUUGCAUCGGCAUCAGCUGCCACAACCCAAGGGGAGCCCGCCGAGACUCAACCUGCUCUCUCAGGCACAUCGGUAGCGACCGUGUCGCGUGUGAGAGCGCUGUUCGACUUCCAACCGUCCGAGCCAGGAGAGCUUCAAUUCCGCAAGGGCGAUACCAUUGCAGUCCUGGAGUCUGUUUACAAGGAUUGGUGGAAGGGUUCUCUGAGAGGCCAGACCGGAAUUUUCCCUCUCAACUAUGUGGAGAAACUCCCAGACCCCACUGUCGAUGAGUUGCAGCGGGAGGCUCAAAUGGAGGCGGACGUCUUUGGCCAGAUCAAGAGUGUUGAGAAGCUCCUGACUCUACUAAGCACCCGCAAUACAGAUCUCAAUGUCCAAGAGAACGAAGAGAUUACUACACUCUAUCAAGCUACGCUUGCCAUUCGGCCAAAACUCAUCGAAUUGAUUGGAAAAUAUUCGCAAAAGAAAGAUGAAUUCACCCAGCUCAAUGAAAAGUUCAUCAAGGCUCGUCGCGACUAUGAGUCCCUCCUUGAGGCAUCGCUAGCCCAUCCGGCGCAGCCUCAAUAUGGACGACCUGCCCAGCCACAGUACGGUUAUCCUAGUGCCGCGCCUGCUGGGUAUCCUACUCCUCAGGCAGAUCCUCGAUAUUUCACCCCUCGGCCUCAAGACACCACACCAGCCCCGGCAAAUGCAUACGCACCAUACCCUACUAGCGAGCAGAUGCCGUACCGCCCAGCCUCUCACUCCCCAGAUCCUCGCAACCAGUCUCAGGCCGGCGCAUCGCAGCAGCCACCCCACGGCGACCCCUAUCAACCUGUUAGCCACCGUCCGCAAUCUACAUACGAUCACCCCCAAGAAUUGGGGACCUCUGUCUAUGAUUCACCUGUUGAGCGCAUUCCGUACCCCCAAGCUGGUCAAGCCCCACCUGCUGGCCACCAGCAAUUCCAGCACCAGCAACACCAACAGCAAGACUACUCACCCUCGGCCUACUCCACCGAUGAGGCACCUCAGGGCCCGCCUGCCGCCAGCAUGCCCCAAAUCGCACACCAGUUCCAGCAACAACAGCAACAAGCCCCGUAUCCCAGCUCUCCCGGUGCCCACCAACCUCCUCCAUCGCACCAGCCUCCGCCGGUACCUGGUGCAUCGCAGCCACAGUAUACCUCCUACAGCCCACCACCUCCCGCCGCAAGCACGGGCGAGUAUCAGGCGUACCAGCCUCAGGGUGGACCAGGCUCGAAUCCCGCUUCCUUUUAUCGGUAA